AUGAGUCUGUACUAUGAACAAUACGAAAAAUGUAAAGAAUCCAUCUUCAAGGAACAAUCAUACAACAGAACACGUAAUCAAAGAAUGGAAAACUUAAUCAAACAAUCCGAGCAAUUGGAUGAACAUUGGAAACUAAAUUAUUAUGUUGUUAAAAAAGCAAUUACAAGCGAUUUAAAGUUGAGAAUUAAGAACACUAAAAAUCAAAAUUUCCAAAAAGAAGUUUUAGAGUUUUUAACUCAACAAAUAAUAUCAGAAAUCAAUAGAACCCUUUCCAUUUAUACUCCUCCUCCAGAAGACAUGAAUCAAGUUGAGAAUUUAACUACAGACGAAUUGAAUCCUCCUCAAAAAAAGAGAAAAACAUCAAAUGAGGUCUUUGAAUCCAAAAAUAUUACAACUGGAGCUAUUUUAGAUAAGUUGGAAAUUCAUAACCUGUGCCAACUCUAUUUAGACAUAAUGAAAUUUAUUUUUAAGCCAAUCGACAAGUCAACUACAAUAUCAGAGUUUAACAAAAUUAUAAUACCUAACGAGUUGAGACAAGUUGUAAAUUAUGAUUUAUGUCCUUCACUUAGAGAAAUCUAUUCAAAGCAUAGAGUUCUUUUGGACUUUUUGUACUCUACUGAAAGCGAUUUUCUCUUUGUAAAUUUUUCUUUAGAAAAUCCUUUUAUAUCCCUUCCAUUUAUUAUUUCAAAAGUUAUUCUUGAAAUAAUUAAUUCAUUGCUAAAUCUUGGCCAAUCUAGAGAAAAUUUAUUUAAUAUUCCAAUAUUUGACUCAAUGAAGGAAAAGCUGAUACUUAAAAGGGAGCUGAAAACUCUUGCUAAUAUGAGUAACAAAUUUCCAGAAAUACUUAAGAGUUUAUUACUGCCUAUGGUAAAGGAAAUAAUGUUUGAUAUUCAUAAUAUUAGCCACGAAAAGAAGCAAAUCCUAUUUGCCCUAAUUUUCUAUCUAUUGAGUGAAUGUGAAGGUGUGAUCAAAAUAAUUUUGCCAGACUUUUUAGAAAUGGUGCAAUCUAACAAGAAAGGUUUUAUUUCAUUGCUUUCCGUUCUUCCUUUCAAAAUACCAGAUAGACAUGGUCUUGGAAUUUUAUUGGAAAUUAUUGGAGAAAAUAUGCAUCAACUAAGAGAUCACUCUUUUGAUUUUCUAAUGCUUUUCAAAAGCAUUAUUGAGGAUGAGGAAGUUGAUCAUUACAUUAGGGACAAAUUCUUUGUGGUUUUGAAUUAUGUUGUUUCGAUACUCCAAGAAGAUUUUAUUUUCUACUCCUCUAAGCUCCACGAAUUCAAUUAUUCAGCAGAUACUAUUCAACAGGUUUCACCAUCUCUAGUUCCAAGAUUGAACUCUCUGACAUUCUUAAAUAGCUUACAGAAACAUUUCGAAGAUAUUCUGUUAUUUACUAUCCAAUCGGAUGCCAUCAGCGAAUCAAUAUGGUUCUUCUUACUUGAACUUUUAUGUAUAGCAGGUGGAGAAGCAAUUUCGUCGAACAUCCUUUUACAUAUUCUAAAGUCAUUCUCAUUCUCUAAAGAUAUUUCAUCAAAAGAUGGAAAGGUUACAAUAGUUUUUUUGAAACUUUAUGAUGUGGUUGCUAAGAACUAUUCCACUUUCAAUGAACCAUUUAUUGAAAAAGUGUUAUGGAAGAUUACCAAUUCAAAUGAACAAGAUAAUUGUUGUAUGGUUAUAAGAAAUAUUUGUCUUUGGAUAAACAUCAUGAAAGACAUGGAAGAUGAGGAAGUUCAGUACAAGUCCGUAAUUUGUUAUUAUUUUAUAACAAAAUGGCAAUUGUUGUAUCCAUACCUUUUUAGAUCAUCACCUACUGCCAAAGACCUACCUAUUCUAAUACUCGAAUCCUUUAUUUCUAUUUUAAAAACAGUAACUAUUAUUCGUAGCACUGAAGAGACAGCCUCCAUAACAAUACCAGAAAUGAUAGCCAAUCAAUUAUCCCAAGCUCUGAUUGCUUACUAUUUCUUUUUACUUAAACCUACCUUCUCCACUAAACAUCAGAGAAGACACCAAUUGAGAAAUAGAAUGAAAGCAUCUCAUGAAAUUAUUCCUAACAACAUUAUUGACCCUGAUAGUGAUAUUGCAAGUACUUUAUACUACUAUUACUUGUUGUAUAUUGUUUUCGAUGGAAGAAUGGAAAUAAUUGAAUCAUGUAGGAGUAUAACAAAAGAAAUAGUUUCAACUUUGUGCACUAGAUUUGAAAAAGUUGCCUCUUCUGUUUUUGAUUUUACCCUUGAUUUAAUAUUUUCUAAUCACAUGGAAUCCAGACUCCAUGCAACCAAUGUAUUCACUUCAACACAAGUGCAUGAACAAAUUAACUAUCCUUUGCUCUAUCACAAGGAUGCGUUAUCACUUGUCAACUACUUUUUCCCUGACGAAACAUCAACAAACUCUAAGAUAUUAAGUAAUGAUGAUAUCAGAUCUGAGGAUAAGAAUUUUAUUACAAAAAUACUCUUCAAAGAUGUAGAGGAAGGUUUAGAGUUGAACACUGAAACCACUGAAUCAACAUCUAAAUCGGAACAUCCAUCCUUAGUUAAACAAAUUAACUCCAACGAUACCAGCACUACCAAUAAGAAGAAAUACAUCCUUGAUGAUAAAUCAGGUAUCAGAACAAGAGGUGUCGUCUUUGUAAAUCCAAAUAAUGUACAGCUUAAAAUAAGAAAUAGAUCUUUCCAUCUCAAGAAAGACACUUCUCACCAUGACAGGUAUAAUGAAGAAAUUGUCAAACUUAACAAGUCACAUAUUCUCAGCCUAUUCUCCAAAUGCUUAUUCUCCCAAAAUCCAGAAAAGAACCUUUUGACAACCUUACAACUUGGCAAGCAGUUAAUGAAAAGACUCAAGUUGCAAUAUCCUGCUCAAUCUCCUUCCCAACUGAUAACAACUUUACCUAAGAAACCAAUGACCGAAAGAGAAAUAGUUAUAGACAAGAUGUUCCACAAAUUCCCUAUUUUGUACAGUUUGAUUGAUUUUAUUUCAUUAUCAUAUCCUAAGAAGUUUAUAGAACUUGAAAAUAUGGAACUAACUAUAAUAAGUUUGUUUGCUAAUGUAAUUGGUGAAUGGAAUUUACGAGUAUUAUCAAAUAAUAAGGGUUUUGGAUCUAGUGAAAGUGACAAACAUUUGAUAAUGAAAACGAUACAAAUCAUUAACAUCAUUUAUAGAGCUGAAUUGAUUGUGGAACCAAUGGACCUUAUUAACGAAAUUAUUCCUUAUGUUUCACCGAGAGAAGCAGUUGACAUGCUAUUAGAUAUUUUCCGUUUCAUUGUAAGCACAAAGACUUCUAAUGCCAACACUACACCCCCAACAACAGAUCCAACUAAUCCAACUCAACCACCUCCACAACAAGAAGAUUAUAUGGCCAAUAUCAAAAACUCAUUAAGAAAACAUUUAGAGAUAUUUGCUCCAAUUUAUGCAAGAUUUACCACAUCAAAUGUCAAAAUAAACUAA